ACUCUUUGUUUUAUUCCGGUAAUCGGUCCAUUCACAAAUGAUUCGUCAGCAGUUUGACUUUUUUCCGCGUGCUCGUUUCCUCCGCGUGACCGCUUUGUGUUCGGUCGUUACCGGCCCGGUCCGCCGCCGGGACCCGGAUGUAACCUGCGGGCUUUCCACGCCGAACCGUGAACGCAGCACGCGGUUGACCCGACAGAGAACAGGUGGUUCUGUGAUGGCCGGAAGUGGCGGUUCUGGACACGUUUAGGAUCGGAUCCGUUCAGAAGCUGUGCAGACGUGGUCACGUGCGCGUCUUCCAGCGGCUGCAUUCAUCCUGAAGGAGCAUCUUGACAGAGGGAGCCUCACCUGAGCUACACCUGUUCCUGAGCUCCACGCCAGGUUAGUCCAGAUGGAGAACUACAGCAGAGCCCGGAGCGUGGAGCAGCCGUCCGUCUGUCCGUUCACCGGCCUCGCCGCCGACACGCCCGAGCUGCGCGUCAAAGAGGGCAGCAAGAUCCGCAACCUGCUGCGCUUCGCCCUGAGCCGCAUGGAGGGUAACCCCCGCGGGGGGGCGGAGGAGGACGAGGGCCGCCAGAGGAGCCACGCCCCCUGUCAGCAGAUGGUCGUCACCGCCAGCGGGAAGGGUGUCUCCAAGGCCAUCAGCUGCGCUGAGAUCGUGAAGCGGCGGGUGAAGGGGCUCCACCAGCUGACCCGGCUGCUGCACAGCACCGUGGUGGAGGUGUGGGAGCCGCUGGAGCCCGCCGCCGGCCUGGACAGCCUGAACGUCAGCCGCAAGCUGCCCGCCGUCUGGAUCCUGCUGUCCAGAGAGCCGCUGGACAGCAGCCAGCCGGGGUACCAGGCACCCGGCCACUACGACGGCCUGUGGGCCCCGCCUGCCGGCAGGGAGGACAGCAGGGAGGUCAGGUCGCAGAGACAGGGGCCCCGGAGGAAGAGAGGGGGCGGAGCAGGAGGAGGGGGCGGAGCAGGAGGCGGCAGCAGGGGAAAAGGACGACCCAGAGAGGCGGCCAAAGGAUGGAGCUGAUUCUGAACCGGUUUGACUGCAGUGUGAACGGGGGGAGGGGCAGAAAAUAAAGAUUAGCUUUCUUUUUUAUACUGCCUGUUCUGUGUUAAAUGUGUGUGGGCGGAGCCAUUGUUUCUAAAGAAAGACUGGUCAGAAUCAUUGGUGACCUUUGACCCCAGAGCUGCGCCCUCUGGUGGUGUGACCGCUGCUGUUCUGUUUGUGUUUACUAAUAAAGUUUGACCUCAUGGUGA